UCCUGCCUCUACCAUGGAACCAGGGGUGACCCCACCCACCCUUCCAUCACCGUCACCCGACACCGGUGCUGUUAUAUUUGGUAAGUAUCAAUUGACAAAUUUUCUUGGUCGAGGAAGCUUUGCUAAAGUCUACUGCGGACGAUCCUUAGCGGAUGGCUCCAUCGUUGCAGUGAAGAUUAUAAACAAACAAACUAUUAAAGCUUCAAUGGAAUCUAGAAUUGUUAGCGAGGUCAAUGCAAUGUGUCGUCUCCACCAUCAUCCGAAUAUCCUCAAAAUAUACGAAGUUAUGGCCACGAAGACCAAAAUUUAUCUCAUCAUCGAGUAUGCAGCUGGUGGCGAUCUCUGUUCAGAAAUCAUAUCCAAAGGCCAUUUGACAGAGAGAUUAGCUCGCCGUCACUUUCAGCAAUUAGUGUCUGCUUUAUGUUUCUGUCAUCAAAACGGUGUCGCUCACCGCGAUAUCAAGCCUCAAAACCUUCUCUUGGAUAAAGAUGGCAAUUUGAAAGUCUCGGAUUUUGGGCUUUCUUCCUUAUCAGAAAAUCUCAGAGAUCAUUUACUUAGCACAGCUUGCGGUACUCCUGUUUACACUGCACCUGAAAUACUCCAACGGCAAAGCUACAAUGGCUCCCUAACUGACGCCUGGUCAUGCGGCCUCAUACUAUAUAUCAUGCUCACCGGAUAUCUCCCGUUCAAUGACUAUAACAUCCCGAUGAUGUGCAGGAAGAUUAGUAUGAGAGAUUACCAGUACCCAAAGUGCAUUUCGAAGUCGGCACGCCAGGUGAUCUACAAUCUACUUGAACCAAACCCAAUGAAAAGGAUGAGCCUAGAAUCGCUGUAUGAGAUACCGUGGUUCAAGAAAUCGAUGGAACCAGAAAUCGAAAGGAGUAUGUUGAGAUUGGGAUGGGAUUCGUGUGAGAAAUCUGAAGCGGGAUUGAAUGCUUUUGAGAUAAUAUCGUUGUCUCGGGGUUUGGAUUUGGGAGGCUUGUUCGAAAUGAGAUUGGACAAGAUGUUCACAUCGAAUGCAGAAAAGAACGUGGUAGUGGAGAAAGUGAAGGAGAUUGGAUUGGGUUUAGGGUUUAAGAUUGAAGAAGGCAAGAAUGGUUUGAUUGGGUUGGGGAAAGGAAAAGUGGCAAUAAUCGUUGAAGUGUCUGAAAUUGUGAAAGAUUUGUUGUUGGUGACCAUGAAAGUGGAUGAAGGUGGUUUGAAUUUUGAGAAUUACUGGAACGAUUGGAAACGUGGACUUGAAAACAUUGUUCUUUCUUGGCUCAACGAAGCUCCGUGAAUGAAUAUGAAUAUAAUGAACCGUGAUGAAAACGGUCAGGUCAAGGCUUGCUUUCUGAUGUUUUCCGGUGAAUAGAAUUCCAUACUGUGUUUGGUGGGGUGGGGAUGAUGUUAAGUUUCAAAGAAGGCAAAAAAAAAAAAAAAAGGAAUGAAUAACUAGCUUGCAUUGCGAAUGAAUUCGUUUUU